GAGGAGGAUUGAGCGACGAAGGUUUUAGGGUUUCGCGGCCAGGGCUUUCGCCUCCAUUUUUGAAGACAAAGCUUUUUAGAUCUGAGAUGGCUGAAGCACAGAAUGGAGCCCCAUGUGUCCCUGAGUCAGUAUUGAAGAAGCAGAAGAGGGAACAGGAGUGGGCACUGGCGAAGAAACAAGAGAUUGAUAUUAUCAGGAAGAAAAAUGCUGCCAAGCGGAAGAUUAUUUUCAAGAGAGCUAAGCAAUAUGCUGAGGAAUAUGAAAAACAGCAAAGGGAGCUUGUUCUGUUCAAGCGUCAGGCUCGACUAAAAGGAGGUUUCUACGUCAGCCCUGAACCCAAAUUGUUGUUCAUCAUUCGCAUCCGUGGUAUCAAUGCCAUGAAUCCCAACACCAAAAAGAUUCUGCAGCUUCUUCGUUUGAGACAGAUAUUCAAUGGUGUGUUCCUAAAGGUUAACAAAGCUACAACCAACAUGUUGCACAGGGUUGAGCCAUAUGUCACCUUUGGGUAUCCAAACUUGAAGAGUGUGAGGGAGUUGAUCUACAAGAGGGGAUAUGGAAAGGUUAAGAAGGACAGGAUUCCCUUGACUGAUAAUUCCAUCAUUGAACAGGUGCUGGGCAAGUACAACAUCAUCUGCAUUGAAGAUUUGGUCCAUGAGAUCAUCACUGUGGGACCUCAUUUCAAGGAAGCCAACAAUUUCUUGUGGCCGUUCCAACUCAAGGCACCGGUGGGUGGCCUCAAGAAAAAGAGAAACCACUAUGUGGAAGGAGGAGAUGCUGGGAACAGGGAGGAUUACAUUAACGCCUUGAUCCGAAGGAUGAACUAGAGAGGGACUCUUCUUUGGUGUCUGCUAAGACUUUGAAAUUUUGAUUGUUUUUUUGUUAAUUCGAUGCGAAGAUUAUGUUUGAACUGCCCGAAGUUUAUGUUUGUGCAUUUUGAAACUUAUGCUGGAUUUAAUAUAGCAGUAAUCAAGUGUUCAAGUACAU